CGAACGUCUCCGAAUCGGACAUGCGCCGCCAAAAUCGCCUCCCGAACCCGCCGACAGGAUUCGCUCCUCAAUCGACAACGCCUCAGCGCGCCGCCACUGAAGAGUCCCGCAGUCAGCACGGUCAGGCUACCAAUGGUUCGAGCCGGCGUCAUACGAUGGGUUCUUAUCGGGGCUGGCCUCUCAGCUAGGUCAGCUCCAUCCGUAGGAUAAGGCUGUCAGAAGCUACACCCCUCUGGAUUCCGGUUCUCGCUUAGACGUGUUCGUGCUUUCGCUGCUAGUUGACGGCGAGUCAGUGGUUAUUUGUAUUAUACUGGCACCUUUUGGCCUUUCCUUUUUCGCCCCAGAUGUAGCAUUGCUUCUUCCAGUAUGUCCGUCAUGGAGUUCGCUGCGAACGAAUCCGCCAAAGCGGUAGUGGAGAAGUGGCAGGAGCUGUUCGUUGGUGAGGAUCGAGCUCGACAUAUCGUUGCCGCCGUCGCGAUUGUGAUCGCGAUCGCAGCGUUCGCGUCAUGGCUCAACGGCGGCAGCAAGCCGCGGCGCCUUCCCGAAGGCAUCCCGUUCGUUACCAACACUCUCCAGUAUCUCGUCGACAACAAGAGGUUCAUGGAGAAAGCCACGGACGCCCUGAGCGGCCGUAACAUCGCCCAGUUCUAUCUCGGCGGCGUGCCAGUGUACCUGAUCUCUGGCGUGCAGAACAUCCAGAUGCUAUUUGGUCGAGGGCACAAGGUUGGCAGCGAGGACAUCUUCGUUCAAAAGGUUCUCCCGAGACUGUACAAGAUGCCUCCCCAUCACGUUUCUCGGUUUGCGAACGAUAAGUCGGGACGAGGAAAGGUCCCAGCGCCCGGUUACGAGGACACCCCCCCUGAGAAGCGGUAUUGGCAGCAGUACGAACACGUCCACACCGAGUACCUCUCGCGGACGCAAUACAUGAAGCCCGUCAUCGAGGUGUUCAGCGAGCACCUCUCCGAGAGGCUCGAGAAGUUCCCCGUGGGCGAGCUCAGCACCAUCAGCGUGAUGGACUUCUGCAAGCGAGAGAUCGCGCGGGUCGCCAUGAGCACGCUGCUGGGGCCGACCAUCUUCAAGCUGAACCCGGGCUUCCUCGACGCGUUCUGGGAGUUCGACGAGAACGUCUUCAUGCUGACGCUCGGCUUCCCCAAGUGGCUGUACCCGCGGCCGUACAACGUGCACGACCGGUACAUCGCCAUGGUCAAGAACUACGUCGACUCGGCGUUCCAGAACUUCGACUGGGACGGCCCGGGCGCCGAGGCUGCCUGGGAGCCGCACUUCGGCGCCCGGGCCUGCCGCGAGAUCGCCAAGUGGCUCAGGGACGGCGACUUUCUCGACACGUCCAUCGCCGGUGCCCUUGGCAGUCUCGUUUUCGCGCAAAACUCCAACACGAUCCCGACCGCGAUCUGGACGAUCAUGGAGGUCGCGAAAGACCCGGAGCUGUUCCAGGCGGUGCGCGAGGAGGUGUCCGGGUGCUGGACGACGGACGCGGCGACGGGGGCGCGGGGGCUCGACGUGCAGAAGGUGUCGACGUCGCCGCUGCUGCAGUCGGUGCUGGCGGAGACGCUGCGGCUGCGGACCAACUUCAACAUCAUCCGGCAGGCGAAGGAGCCGCUGACCAUCGACGGGCACGCGAUCCGCAAGGGCACGAUGCUGCAGGCGCCCAUGAUGGUCGCGCACUACGACGAGGCCGUCUGGGGCGCGCCCGGCCACCCCGCCGCCGAGUUCUGGGCCGACCGCCACAUCAAGCACGUCGAGGUCGCCGACGACGCCGGCCGCGUCGUCCGCAAGCGCACCUUCGCCAUGGCCGGCCGCCCCAGCUCCUACUUCCCCUUCGGCGGCGGCGCGCCCAUCUGCCCCGGCAGGCACUUCGCCAAGCACGAGAUCAUGACCAUGAUCGGGCUGAUCGUGUCGCGGUUCGACAUCGAGAAGGUCGAGUGGACGAAGCUCGACGGGUCGCCGUCGGACCGCAUGGCGUACAACGACCAGCGGUUCUGCGGCGGUGGUGGUAUGCCCCCGGACCGCGAUCUGAAGAUCACCUGGAGACGGUUGUGGUAGGUAGUGUGUGCACACAGUGGUGGGCGGAAUCGCGUACGAGGGGUCUUGUCUCGCUUCAUAGCUGCGGCGCGAGGCCAAAUGUCGAUAUUACUUGGGUAUCUACUACCUACUUAGAACUUCUCCGCGUCCCCCUACAUGUCUCGCGACAAUGCAUGCAAUCGUAGCCUAUCUAUGUUCACCAUCGACAAUCGUGUGCCCUUCAUUCUCUCAAGCGGUCGGUAGCCAGAGACUGUC